AACUGGGAAUCAGAAGGAAAGUAAAAAAGUGAUAAAAACGGCUGCAUGCUGAAGAUGACAGUUACACAUCUUUAGGGCAUUAUUUUUUUUUCCCCAUCGUGCUGUAGCACUUGCAAUAUACCAUUUUCCUGAGUAUUGAAGUAAAAACUAAGCACAACAUCAAUAUGACAGAAAUACUGAAUAUUUUAUUGGAAAGGUAUGCUGAAAAAUAUAUGGGCAUUGUUACAGAGUCUUCACAUGUCAUUAGGAUAUGGGGUUUUGUUUUGCCAGUUGAGCAGCAGGGAGUCUCUAGCUUGAUGUUUAAAAAAAAUUUAAAAAGGGGGGGAGGGUGAGGAAUGGAAGAACCAUAAGUAGAGUAGAAAGAUGAUGCGUAGAUCCAGGUGCUCAUGUCAGAGUAGGUCACCUAGGAACAGCUCAUGAUGGAGAGGUGCUGGCCUUGGUCGCCUGUACAAACUGCAGCAGUCCCCAAGCACCUGUUCACUGCAUAAAAUGGAAAAUCUCUACCAAGAGUGAGUAUCCCCAUAACAUUGUCCAUGGACUCACAGCAGUCACCAGCCAUGCACAGAGACUUCCAUGCAGCAUGAUAACAUGAAGGAGGCAGGUUCCCAUCUUCAAGGGUCUUAGGCAGAUCAGCAGGGAUACUGAGUUUGCCUUUCAAGCACAGUCAUGUGGCAAAGAAGCCUCAGCAACCUUCACCUGAAAUCUCUCUGGUUAAGUAUCUUGAGAAUUCUCUGGAAGAAUCCUCUUAAAGAAUUAUAGAGUGUGCCGAGUUGAAAGGGAACUACAAGAAUCACCAAGUCCAAACCCUGGCUCUACACAGGAUCAAUCAAAAUUCAAACCCUACGUCUGAGAAUACUCCAAUAUGCCCUGGAGUUCAAAUAUGCCUUAAACUCCAGCAGGCUUGAGGCUUUGACCACUGCCUUAGAGAGCCUGCUCCUGUGUCCAAUCAGCCUCCACUGGCAAGCUAUGUCGAGCCUGAUGUACCCCAGGGUACGGUUGGCUCUCCAGGCUGCCAGGGCAUGCUGCUGACUCCAAUUUACAGAACCAGAGAAUCACAAAAUGUAGCAGUAGGAAGGGACCUCUGGAGAUCAUCUAGUCCAACAUCCCACUUCAAUUUGCCUUCAAUCACAAUCACAGCUCCCUUUCUGUGGGGCUGCUCUCCGACCUCUCAUCCCCCAGACUCCAUAAACACAAAGUUACCCCAUCUCAAGUGUAGAAUCCAACACACUUGAUAAAUUAGAUGUAGUUAGUGAUUGCCCAACCCCCUAAUUCAUCAAGAUCACUCUGCAAGGCCUCUUUACUCUUGGGGGAGUGAAAUGUUCCUCCCAAUUUUCUGUCCUCUGCAAACUUACUCAGUAUACUUCUAAGUCUUAUAUUCAAGUCAUUGAUGAAAAAACUGAGCCCUGUGGAAUCCCAGUAGAGGCUGACCACCAGCAUUUACUUGUGACACACCACACUGUGCUUUUAUUUAGCUGUACGCUGGAUAUUUUGACUAAGAGGAUACUGUGAGAAGUCGUACCAAAAGCCUUGCAGAAAUACAAUCUGGCUAAAUCUGCUGGCCUCUGUUGACCAGAUGGGGAAAAACCUCUGCAAAAGGGUAAGUUUGUUAAGUUGUGAACCCACGUCAGCUAUGACCAAUGCCUGCCCUGCCUUUAAAAUGCUUUUCAGUAGCUCACAAAAUUGUCUCCUCCGUAACGUUACCAGGCACUGAAGUGCGACUGACAGGCCUAUAAAUAAUUACCAGCCUCUUGCUAUUGCAAUUUUCAAGACAUUUGGCAGCUUGCAGUCGAUGGAGGUCUCUCCAAGAUUCCCUAGGCUCCUUUCUUUCAUCUCCAGCAGCAGCACCGACGCUCCAGAAAGCAAGCCCUUCUCGGGAUCGCCUUUCUCGGGAUCGCCCUUCACGACACACCGCCGCUCCGCUGCAGCAGGACCCGCUGCGGACAGCCGCCGUCCGGGCGCCAUUCGGAGCCGGCAGCCCUGCCGAGGAGCGGCUCCACCCGCCGCUCCCGAGCGCGGCCCUUUCCCCGCACGGCGGCUCGGCAGCCUCAGCUCCGGGGCGGUCUUUGGGCGCUGAACCUGCGCGGAACGUGGCGGCCGCCCACGGGAGGCGCGCGGACGAACGGCGCUCGCCCCUGAGUCAGCAGCGGCGCGGCGGUGGGCGGCACGUCGCCGACGGCCCGUAGUCGCCGAGCCCUCCUGCUCUGAACCCCAGCUCCUCUGCCGCUCGCCCACGGGAGAGACGGAGGCUCACCCGGCAGCUGUCCGCCGCCGCCAGAGCGUCACGGCCGUAGCAGAGCAUUAAAUGAUCUUAGAAGAAGCCAGCAUUAAGUGAUUUCCUCACAGCUUGUCAGAAAAGCAGUUGUCUGCCUUCUCAGUGCAGCAUGGCAUUUGGACUUGGUGCUUUUUGCCUGCUAUUAUGGGCAAUAACAGGUUCCUAUUGUGAGCAGUGCAGAGAAGGAGCCACGUAUUCAAGUGCAGUAAUAUCUCCCAACUUAGAAACGACUAAAAUUAUGCGAGUUCCUCAUGCUGCAUCAAUGUCUGAAUGCAUCACGGCGUGUUGUGACCUCUCUGGUUGUGACUUGUCCUGGAUGUUUGAACGGCGCUGUUACAUUGUGAACUGCCAGCACAAAGAGAACUGUGAACCUAAAACAAUUGAGACGGUAAAGUCCUAUCUAACAUUUGUGCUGAGACCUUCUCAGAGGCCAGCCUCGCUGCUGGGAUUUGGGCAGGUGAUCCCAAGCAUGGUGCACUCUGUGGGACAUCAGAAUGAGCCAUCUGAGGAAGUGUCUUUUCUUGGCAAAGAACUCAGCCUUGAGGAGAUACCUGAAUACAUAGAUGAUUAUAAAGAUUUGGAGCAGGACCCCUUUCAGGUGAGCCUCAAACAUGAACAGAAGGAGAGCAUGGAUUAUGCUGACUGGGGUCUGAUGCUAGCAGGUGAAAAUGGCUUCAACACUUCAGUUAGUGACAAUGGAGAUAACCAGGAAGAGGAAGCUGGAAAGGUCGAAAGCCUUCUAAGUAAAAAUGGAUCUGAAUUGAGCUCUGUCAGUGAACACUCCACACCAUUCCCUGGGAAGACAUAUGAAAGCAGAGCAGCUGUUGAGAUGCUUACACAGCCUGCCAAUGCUUUGCAAGGAAAGAUUCCUUCUUAUUCCCCUCCAUCAGACAAACUGGAAUUCUCCCUAGACGUGUCAGACAAAGCCCAGACUCCUACAGUGGCACCAGACAAUGUGACUGACCAUGGAAUCAUGCUGCUUCCCAGUAAUACUGUGCCAUCUGAACCCCUGCAGCAAUUUACACCUCCUGCUACUGCUGCCAAAGCAGAUACAGUAAAAGAACUUAUUGUGUCUGCUGGAGAUAACAUACAAGUGAUGCUACCCAAAAAUGAGGUUGAACUGAAUGCUUUUGUCGUCCCACCACCACCAACAGAAACAUCCUACAACUAUGAAUGGAGAUUAAUUAGUCACCCUGCUGACUAUGGUGGUGAAAUGGAGCACAGGUACACCCGGACACUGAAGCUCUCUCAUCUGUCGGUGGGACUUUAUGCCUUCAAAGUGACAGUUUCUGGUGAACAUGCCUUUGGCGAAGGUUUUGUAAAUGUCACUGUCAAACCAGCAAUCAGAAUUAACCAACCACCAGUUGCUGUUGCUUCGCCCAAAGUACAAGAAGUUUCUUUGCCUACAACUUCUACCUUCAUUGAUGGCAGUCAAAGUACAGAUGAUAUGAAGAUUGUGAGUUACCACUGGGAAGAAAUUAAAGGUCCUUUGCGGGAGCAGAAGGCAUCUGCUGACACACCCGUCUUGCACUUGUCUAACCUUGUUCUUGGAAAUUACACUUUCAGACUCACUGUGAUUGAUUCAGACGGAGCAGCCAACUCCACAAUUGCAUCUCUGAGUGUCAACAAACCAGUGGAUUACCCACCUAUUGCAAAUGCAGGACCUAAUCAGGCAGUCACUUUGCCCCAGAACUUCAUUACGUUGAAUGGAAACCAGAGCAGUGAUGACCAUGAAAUUGUCAGCUAUGAGUGGUCGCUCAGUCCCAGAAGCAAAGACAAGGUUGUAGCAAUGCAGGGAGUGCGGACUCCAUACCUCCAGCUGUCUGCAAUGCAGGAAGGAGAUUAUACCUUUCAGCUCACAGUCACAGAUUCAGCAAGGCAGCAGUCCACUGCUGAGGUCACUCUGAUAGUACAGCCUGAAAAUAACAGCCCUCCAGUAGCAGUGGCUGGCCCUGACAAGGAAUUGACAUUCCCAGUAGAAAGUACUACACUGGAUGGAAGCAAAAGCCAAGAUGACCAAGGCAUUGUCCUCUAUCACUGGGAAAAUAUCAGUGGGCCAAGCUACGUGCAGAUGGAAAAUGGUGACAAAGCAAUAGCAACUGUGUCUGGUCUUCAGGUUGGCACCUAUCGCUUCAGACUGACAGUUAAAGACCAGCAGGGGUUAAGCAGUGCAUGUAUGCUGUCUAUUACUGUGAAGGAAGAAAACAACAGUCCACCCCGGGCACAUGCUGGUGGGAAGCAUGUUUUGGUGCUUCCCAAUAACUCUGUUACCUUGGAUGGCUCAAGAUCUGCUGAUGACCAGGGGAUUGUGUCAUAUUUGUGGAUUCGGGAUGGUCAAAGCCCGGCAGCAGGGGAUGUGAUCCAUGGCUCAGACCAUGAAGCAGUAUUGCAGCUAACUAAUCUGGUGGAAGGAAUCUAUAUUUUUCACUUGAAAGUGACAGAUGCCAAAGGAGAUUCAGAUAUUGACUCUGCUACUGUUGAAGUGCGGCCUGAUCCCAGAAAGAGUGGUCUGGUGGAGCUGAUUCUGCAAGUUGAGGUGGGACAGCUGAGUGAACAGCAGAAGGACACACUGGUGAGACAACUAGCUGUAUUGCUGAAUGUCUUGGAUUCAGAUAUCAAAGUUCAGAAGAUACAAGCAUUCUCAGAUAUAAGCACUGCAGUUGUGUUUUACGUGCAGAACGGGCAUCCUUCCAAGGUGAUCAAGGCAUCAGAUGUGUCUCGAACUCUGCAUGUGCAGCUUCUGAAAGAGAAGGCUGACUUUCUGCUUUUUAAAGUCCUGCGGGUUGACACAGCUGCAUGUCUUUUAAAAUGCUCUGGACAUGGACAUUGUGACCCUAUAACAAAGCGCUGUAUUUGCUACCAGCUGUGGAUGGAAAACUUAAUUAAUCGUUAUCUAAAUGAUGGCGAAAGUAACUGUGAGUGGAGUAUACUCUAUGUGACUCUGUCUGCUUUUAUUACAAUUGUGGUCAUGAUAGGGUUUGCCUGGUUCUGCAUCUGCUGCUGUAAAAGCAGAAAGAGGACUAAGAUAAGAAAGAAAACAAAAUAUACCAUCCUAGAUAAUAUAGAUGAACAGGAGAGAAUGGAGCUACGACCCAAAUAUGGCAUAAAACACAGAAGUACAGAACACAACUCCAGCCUGAUGGUUUCUGAAUCAGAGUUUGACAGUGAUCAGGACACUAUCUUCAGCCGAGAAAGGAUUGAAAGAGAGAAUCCCAAAACCCUUAUGAACGGAUCGAUCAGAAAUGGUGUUUCCUUCAACUACAGCUCCAAAGACAGAUAACUGAAUGAGGGAACUGGGAACCUGAAUACUUGGCUGCAGUAGAUUUGAUCUCCCUGUCAGAUGCUGAGGUCCAGGGCUUCAUACUACAUACAGGCCUCUCACGUACUACAGGAAUGCAUUCUUCUUACAGUAAGAAGAUUCAACAGGACAAAUUUCAGCCAGUCCUUAGUAUUGUGCUAUAUAUUGUCUGCUCUCCAGCUUUUUAAUUCCACAGCAUCUUUCCAUUACUGCUUAUGCUAAGUCUCUAGUGUGCCUUUAUCAGUGAACUUACUGUUUAGUACACAUCAGUGCAGUCAGCACCCUUCAGUUUUGUCAAGUCUGUCACUUUGGGUGUCUGGGGGUUUGUUUUACAUUUUUCAAGCCUGGUGCUGAAGGGUAGCAGAUGGUUCUUUCACGUACUCUAGUAAAACAGCUAAUCAGAAACCUGUUCUUAUCAAUGCUACAGAAUUCCCUGGGCUGUUUCUCCCACAUACACACUUGCUGUGGGUGCUGACCUUGAGAUCAGUGGCAAGCCUUGCACCAUCAGAUCAUCUGCAUGAUUUGGCUAAAUAUUUCUCCCUAUAACAAGUAAGAAACUGAUCUAAUGCUUCUUAUUGCCCAAAGCCUUCCCAAGUUGAAGAUGCUUACAGAAUUCUGUUCCCUAGGUAACACUUUGACAUCUUUAUUGUAUUAUAUUUGCAUUUUGAAAGUUGAUUUUUUAAGAAGCCUCUCAUUCUAAUGGUGUAAUUAUUCCAUAUCCUUGGAAGGAGAAGUAAUUCCUUGUUCAUAGUAUGAGGCUUGCUAUUAAUACGAACUUGCUCCAAGAUUUUAAACUAAUAUUUCUGGCUCCAUGAAUUUGUGAUAUCACAUGUAUCAUUUCCUCAAGCACAAUUUUGUCAGGAAAUAAGAAGUGAAUAUAGCAAUUCAGUCACAUUUUUAUUUCCAGAAAAACUGCUUUACUGGUGCACAUGAGGUGGAAUGAAAAAGAAAAGUGAACUGUUAAGGUGUAAACACAGUGGCUGAAUUUAAGACUGCUGAUAGCUUUCUGAUUUGGAUUUUCAGUUACAUUUGGGUUGGAAGCAAGCACACAGUUUACUUCCAUGCAGCUUUCCUCUGUACACACAUGGCAGCUUCUUUCUGAAAUAGGGAUGGAGGCUUUCCCAACAGUCUCCUCUGCUCUUCUAAGAUACAGCUUGCCACAUACAGCUCUAAGUCCAUUGGAAAGAAAUUCACAGCUUGGCACUGGUAAGAUGCUCUCUUGGAACACAAACAGCAUGCCAACACUUGGGAGAUCAUCAUAGCUUUGGUGUAAGUUCUGGAUUCUCAUUUUCAUAUUGGUUUUACAUUUAUAGAUGCUGGCUGAUACAUGCAUAAGUAGAGGUUAUCCAGCCAUGUAAAAGGGCUGCCUUUGUUGCAUUUUAAAUAGGGAGUAUGUUUAGAAUAACUUCCUUGCCAUUACUGCUGGAUGCAGUAAAGAGAUUCAAGUAUUCAACGUUGUCAUACUGCAAAUAAUGUUUUGUGUUUAUAAUAAAACACCACUGCAGUACAAACUGAAAUUUAGCUGGGCAAGUCUGCUGUUAUACACAUCCAAAGCAUCUGUUGUCCCAUGGUUCAGCCUUUCAUUCAACAGUCUAAUCAUAAAGGAAGUUAUUUGCAGAGGGGAAAAAUGGAUAUUAUUGUUUCAUUUGUAAGAAUACACUUACAGCUACAUCCUUCUGGGUAAACAGAAGAUGAGCAAACUCCUCUGCCAGACCUAUCACCUACAGCUCCUUUUCAAGCACCUGUUUCUUUUGCUGUCAGCUGUGGUUGCUUAUAUAAUGUGGUUUUUUUCUUAGUUUAUUGUGGCAAACAAAAUUAAGUGCAAACAAACACGUAAGGAAGUUCGCUGUGCCAAAAACAGAGAAAUUCUCAUGAGUUUGAACUUUCCUUCGACAGUUCUAAUAUUUUUGAAAUCAUUUUCUUGGGCAAAUUUCCUAUCCUUCUUUUAGGCCACAUGAAAGUACUUUUGUACCUCAGUAUACUGGUAGUGGGCUCUUGUCAGCUGGAGUUUUGGGAUGACAGUAAUGAAGUGACAAACAUUGGUCUUCUGAGCCAUUUUUUUAAUGAUUGAGAAAGGAAAACAUUUCUCUAGAAGGAAGAUAAGGUAGAAGUGAAUUAAUUUUAACAUCAGCUAUUGCUUAUCAUUGAUAUCAAACUGGAAUAUUGAGCUCAUACCUCUGCAGCAAAGGAAAACCUGUCUCACCAUAGGUCCAGAACUCCCCAUGACAAGGGAGCCUUGAAGCUUAGAAAUGAAAUACAAAGAGAAAAAAAAAAAAAAAAAAACACAACCACAAAAAAACCACCUUUCUUUUGCUUAUGGUGUGAACCAGGUGCAGAUGAGCCACACGUCAUGUAGCUGGUCUGUGUAUAGAAAAACUUCUCCCUGUGGGUGGAUGGGUGAGCUAUUUAUACAAUUAAUCCAAUUCUACCAAAUGUUACUUAUUGAAAAUGAGAGUGUAUUGUAACUGGAACCAUUUCUGAGCUGAAACUAUUACAUUUAUGUAACUAUUAAUAAAAUUUUGUCUUUUCUUCUAGGAACAUGGUGGGGUACUUUCUGUAUUGGACUUAAUACUCAAGUUGGGCUAAGAGAGACAUUGUAUAAAGCAUAGCUGAAGUCUACUCAAAAAAGCAGUGUAAUAUCUGAUCCCUUGACUUACCUUUUUGCUUUUGUCAAUAGCAUCUUAUGAAGGGAGGUAGCAAAAUUCAGUAUAUUAGGGAACAGAAAAAGCUGUUUUACUUCAAUUUACAGAAUUCCCAUGUCCUGCUUUUCCUUGGGUUAACUGCCUGUGCAACCUUCUCAAUAUCGUUCUUAAACCUUUUACUUUAAGAUAGGGUAAGCCUUGUAUAAGCAGUAGAGCUGGCAAAGGACAAAAAGUUAUCCUUAAGUCUGCACCAGUUGCAGUGGUCCAGCUACCUCAAUGCCAAGUCAAAUGGAGAUGCUUUUUAAUUGCAGGAUUGCCCAACUCCCAAUAACAUUUGAAUGAACUAUGAGCUGAAAACAGUAUAAGCUAUUUUACUACGUGCAAAACAUUUAAACUGCUAUUUACAUUCUGCAAAGCUUAUGAAAACAUAAAAUCAAUCAUAGAUGUGUUUAAAAAAAAGAAACAGUCUGCCAAGUAAAUGGACAGGCCACAGAACUCUAGCUAACUUAUGUACUUCAUUAAACACAAAGGUCUUGGUGACAAGGAAUGAAGAACAAGAACCAGCUAUUCUAAACAAAAUUAAAUGCUAGAUAUUGGUCAAACGUGAAAUAAACCUUAGUAGCACCAAUUAUCUUUCUUCACUGCUACUAGAUUGGUGUUACCAGGACCUGGAGCCACUUCACUUGCUGUAAGUAUGUGUUUUCCAGCACUACCUGGACCUUGGACCUGGAGUAAGUUGAACUGGAAAUUAGAAAUCGUUUGCUUAGACAGAUGAGAAUAAGGUUUUUAAAAACCUAUUUAAAGUAAUUUGAGAAUUAUGCAGGUAAUAACAUCCUGAAAGCAGGAAAAUGCAUUCUGAUCCACAAAUGCUCUCUCUUGUGGUAAAAUGCUUGAUUCAGCAUAGAACAUUUGCAUAUGGAAUAACUCAUGGCAUACAACUAUGUCAAAGUAAUUUCACCUACCUGAUUUAGAUUCAAGGCAUUGUAACUGGGACAGCUAAUCUUGCUCCUACAGAACACCUGCAUGUGGAGAAAUGUCUUUCUUUCCAGUGCUAAGCUUGGCACAACAAAAUAGCUGUGGAAAUCUGAGGGGCAAAACUUACUUUUGCUGCUGUCAGCUUGUGAGUUCAACAAUGAAUAUUGCAAUAAAGCACAAAAUCCAAUGCUUUCAUAAGUUAUUUAUUAAUUGAAAAUGUUUUUUCAUCACAGUUUUAAAUCCAGAAAUUUCUGAACAUCACUAACAUUAUUAACAUAACUCAAAUGUGAGGAUUCAAGUAUCAAGAAUCACAGCUUUUGCUAUGAAAACAACUUUAAGAUUAUUCUGUGCUUACUAAUGUAGACCUUAAUGACACAAAGGUACUGUGCUGGAAUCCAACCAAUACAAUCUAGACAAAGGUAUUUUUCAACUUCAUUAUACAACCUAAUUAUGGUUUGUGCUUGUUAUCAGGCAAAGUUAAAAAAAAUAUAUACAAAAAAGUAAACAUUUACUCAUUAAUUGUAACAGUGCUAUUCUUAGAAAUUACAUCCAGGUUUUAAAUUCACCAAGGCAUCAGAUCACUAAUUUUGCAAUGAAGAAAGCAGCAGACUAAAGAAAUUAAUUCUCCAACUGCAGUGUCCCAAGAAUUACAUCUACAUUCAAGAUUGCACUGUCAUACUGCAGUAAAUAAGUUUAACCUUGAUUUGAUAGUGCAAGCAUACUUUAAGUCUGUGCAAUUGAAGUGGUAUAUACUCCAACCUGUGUACAAUAUCUGCAAGUGUGCCUUCAUCACUGUACUAUUGUACCCAGGCACCACGUUACUGCUUUUUCUGCUGAGCUACAUUUUGCAAGGAGUAAAAAUGUAUCAGCAGCCAGAGCUGGCAAAAGGCUCCCUGUUCCACAACAUCAUGUUCUCCAAAUUCAGGCAGCACUCAGUAGUACAAGCUCAGAACCUGUCUAGAAGAAAUUUCCUUGCAAUUUAUGUGGGUAGAAUUAAGCUAUCCUUUUUUGUUCUUCAGAGAAAGCAAAUGUGCUACAACUGAUAACAGCAGCCAGUCCUUAAAUGUGCAUUCUUGGUGCAUUGGAAAUUUCUGAUGUGCAGUCAAGUGUCCUUUACUUGUCCUCAGCUCUGGUUUUUCUUUAGGUAUUUUGUUACCUGGUACCUUUUUGCUCAAUUGCAUCAAGUUUCUUAAAACAGCCCAUUCAUAGGGUACAUUCAUUAGUGUAUAAAUAUAUAUAUGAAGGAGAGAUGCAUUACCUACCUUUAUUUGUAAUAAUUAAGGGUAUAACUCCACCAAAUAAGUUAACCACAAGAAAAUUUCUUCUCCUUAGCUGAUCUAUUUGCCAAAUUAAUAAUGCUUUUUUUUUUUUUUAAAGGGCUUCUUCCAUUGAAAUGAUGUUGUUUUGUUUUCUUACUAAGGAACUUUAAAUCUUUUAAAGAUGUCAAUCAAAAUAGUGGAAUUAUGGGUAAAAGUCUUGCCUACAAUUAUUUUUAUUUAAAUCCUUCUUAGACUGCAAGUUCCCCAAGUUAAAAAAAUGUGUAUACCUUUCUCAAUAAGGGAUAUUUGCUUGUGUGACCAUAAAUCCAAGGCAUAAAGCCCAGAGGAACUGAAUCAUCUACUCAUGUUCUUUGGAGGUGCUGAGGAACAUUGUAGACACUGAGCAACGCUGACAUCAGUGACCUUCUUUCUACCAAAGGACAGUUUACAUUCUUUUCACAGAAGAGAGUUUAUAUACGUUCUCAUGUCAGCAUUUGGGAUUCAUUCAUAGAGGCCCUUUAGUGUCCCCUUAAUAUUCUGUAAGUUAUUCCUGCAGCUUUGCAUCUCAUCUUCCUCCUGCUUCUCGCUGAGCUAGCAGCUCUCUGUCCUGCAGUGCCAUCCUCACUGAACAACUGAGACUCGCAUACGUACCACACAAGGGCUGUACCUGAUCCCAAACUUGUCAGCUGUUAGGCACAAAUUACAGCUCUUUGCUCAGAAGCCCAAAGGCUGAACAGCUGACAGCUCUGCAGCCAGUAUUAAGAUGCAGUUACAAAGCUGUUCAUUCACCUGCGUGGAUUCCUAGCUGUAGCCAAGCACUUCCUCAUCUUUCAUAAGCAUCAGAUUAUCCCACAGUUAAAAAAAAA